CUGGAAUCGUUCUCUAGCAGUGGAACGAGAUUGGUGGUGAGAAGGCUAGCAGAAGUUAGCAAAACCUAGACUAAGAACUAGCUAGCCAAGAUUGUACCGUGAAAAUAGCAGGGUUUUUUUCCUCGAAAAACCCCACGACAGAUACAUUAUUUAUUUACACACGAACUGACUGCUUUGAAAAUAUCGUAAUUUUACUCACAUUUCCGUACCAAGUGUAUUAGAUCCAUAUCUUAUUAAACGAGCAAUGGCGUUGAAAAGAAUUCAAAAGGAGCUGACAGAUUUGCAGAGGGAUCCACCUGCGCAGUGCUCAGCGGGACCAGUUGGAGAUGAUUUGUUUCACUGGCAGGCGACAAUAAUGGGUCCAAAUGACAGUCCUUAUCAGGGCGGAGUGUUCUUCCUUACUAUUCACUUCCCUACAGAUUACCCCUUCAAACCACCGAAGGUUGCUUUCACGACAAAGAUCUACCACCCUAAUAUCAACAGCAAUGGAAGUAUUUGUCUUGAUAUAUUAAGAUCACAAUGGUCACCUGCACUUACUGUAUCAAAAGUUCUCUUGUCCAUCUGCUCUCUGCUUUGUGAUCCAAACCCCGAUGACCCGCUUGUUCCUGAGAUUGCGCACACCUACAAAGCCGACAGGGAAAAGUACAACAGACUAGCAAGAGAAUGGACACAGAAGUAUGCAAUGUGAGAAGGCGUGUAAAAUGAAAACACUAAAAGAAGAAAAAAACAAAUGAUUAAUAUUAACGUAACGCAAAUGAACAAGUGGGGAAACAUAACUACACACUCUGGUUGGAGAAGGAGGUGAUAAAAUAAGGGACAGUGCAACCUGGCUGCUAAAUGCUGAGCUGCUGCCAUGUGCUGUUCUUCAUGACUUGUAUGGAUCUGCUGAGCAAGGCCUGAGGAGCUCCUCAAAGCACUCCUCCUCUAUGGAAUACUGGAACCACCUCAUGGUCCAAACCACCACACCCAGACAAACUAUUACUACUAUUGUGACUAUUAUUAUCAGUGUUACUCUUCAUAUUCAUAUUAUUAUGAUCACUGUUCUUAUCAUGACAUCGUUGUGUUAUUCUACUGAAUGCUGAAGUGGGGGUGGCUUGGUUCUCCCUCCGAUCAAAGGUACUUUUUGUUGCCCCUUUUGGAUGUCUUGUAUAACUGUAUGUUCAUGUAUUCAGUGGCCUUGCUGUGUUAUUGUAAUAACCUCCUCAGAUGUUAGAUGUGCAAUUGAGUUGGAGUGCUCAGCACAAUGGUGCAUGGCUGUAUCCAGCAAUGUGGUUCCAUGACUCACUAAGACUUGGGAGAUAGUUCUACACAAACUGUCACUCCUGGACAUAAUGUGAGAUGAUUCAGACGGUCAUUCUGUUUCCCCCUGAGCCAAUUCAUUAUUAUUUUUUACCCUAUGUGUAUUUGGAAAUUCCCCAAAUGUGGCGACCGGUGGUCAUGGAGAUUCUGGAGAGCGGUGCUAUGAAGGUGCGCAGCCCUGGAUUGGACUGGUGUCUGUGCUCAUGAGCGAGAGACCAGGGAGAAGGUUCUGAAACCUCAACCACUUCUAUCUGUCGCCUGUGUCCUUGCUUCCUGUCCUAAAUCCAUCCAGGGCAAGUGUCUUACCCCAUACAAUCAUACUGUAAGGUGGCACUUGAACUCUAGUUAAAGCUCAUCUCUACUCCCCAGCCAUACCGUUGAGUUAGAGUGCCACCCUCUAACUACAGUAGCUCAGGUAUAUAUCCAACUAGCCUGUCUGUGAAAGGGCACUGUAGUAUCCUUUGGUGUGUGGAAAAUUUACCAGACCUUUGUUAGAUGCUGAGAUGCUGCUUUAAUCCAGAUGUACAGAAGUUGUCUUUGGAGAUAUCUGACAUUGGUCACUAAUUAGCUUUUCCUUUUCAUCUUACCAUUAUCACAGAUUGUUUUACUGUACAACACUGAUGUGAAUGUGAAUGUUUUCAAAUAGGUUUUGAUCAUGCUGUGGAUAGACACUGCACAUGCUAUUACAUUGAAUAUGCCAUUGGUUAAAACUGGAGUUAUUUCUUUAGGUGGGAGAUAGAAACAACUUGCAUUUAUGACACAUGGUUGCAGGUCUAAGAAUUAACUUCUCUUUUUGUUUAAAUUAGUAAUUUGAGGUGUACUUUUCAUCUUGCUUUGUGAUGUUUACUAGAUGUCUCGCAUAUUUCCCAUGCCUUUUACAUCUUAACAUUUUAACACAAGUUUUACUAUGAGUAAUGGCAGCUGCAUAUUGGUUUCAGCAGAUGUCUUGAUUUUGUUCUCAUCGAUUGGAACUUUACUCUCUACUUCUUCUGAGGUCUGCUACAGUACACAUAGGCAAUACAUUUGCUAUACUGCAAAUUAAUGUUUUUUUUUAUGUCACAAAUGACCGCCAUUGUGAUUGAUCUGCCAUUUGUAAUAUGAAAUUCAAAGUCAGUCAUACAGUGCAGGUACUGGAUUAUUUAGACGGCUUGUCUUGAGCUAUAGAGUAUUUUUAACACAGUAACUGAUGUUGCCAUGGAAAGGGAAUAAAAAACGUAUUGGUGGGAAAAGGGAAGUAUAAAAAAUGUGGCCAUUUAAAUGCUUGAUUUUUAGAGGUGACUGCCCUUGAUGGAUUUAGACCAUUUAGGUUGUUUGGUAUUCAAAAACCGGUUGCACGUCACUGUACUGUAGAGUGGUUUCAUUUAGGAGCACAACACAAUUACCUUAUGACUGACAUUUAGAAUUGGUUAUUAGGCUAUGGUUUAGACACUAAAUACUUGUUCAACAUUGUAGCCGCAAUGUAUUGAAUAUCUACUCUGAAUCUGACUGCCAAAUCAAUACUUAAUAAUGCCACUGGACAAAACCUAUUUCCUGAUGAUUUUUCUUUAUUUGUUUGUUUUUUUAUUUGUAAUUUGUCUUCCAGUUGUCAGUUUUGAAUGCAUUAUGCCUCAAUCCAUCAAAUGUUCCUUAGAGUAUGUUGUUCUGGUCUGAUCCAAAGAGAUAAUAGCUAGAAUCAUCUCAUUUCUCCAGUGGGUUUCUUAAAGGCUUAGGGCCUACAAUGGGCAAAAAUGCAAACAUAACAGCUUCAAACUGUAACUGAUAACUUGAUGCUUGAAAGCAAAUGGAUUAAUAAGAGGAUUGGCUACAAUAGUACCAUUUCAUAGCAAGCUGUACUGCUUCUGGCCUAAAUAUUAUCCUGUUAAAAUGACAAAUGAGUACUGUAGGCAGUGGACAGCACACCCCUCUCCUAUAGAAGUAUCUUCCUAGUGCAAAUAAUGUAUUGAUGUUAUCAAACCACCUUUCAUAUGUUUUUAGAAAGAGGCAGAAUAAAGACCAUUUUUCAUGUCUGCAUUUAAAGGACCAGUGCAGUCAACUUCUGGAUAGAUUUUUAAUAAAUAUUUUCACACUAAGGUUGAAUUAACAAUUGUUAAUAUGAUAAUGCAGUUUUGUGUAAAAGCAGUUUUGGGUGAGACAGAACUUUUGGCAAACUGCUUUUUGUCACAGGCUUAAAUGAUUAUAAUAGAUCAAUGGGAAAGAAAGUGGGUUUUGACUGUCAGCUCAUCUGUUCUGUGACUUAAAAAUCUUGGAAUUGGUUUCCUAAUGCCAACACAAUCAGACUGACCAUUAAAAGGGCCAAAGAAGGGAAAUUAUCCCAAAUAUAUGUUGGAGUUACAUAAAAAGAAUGAACUGUUUAUUAGAUUAAAUUAUGAUAUUAAUAUGAAGGUAAUAAGAACAUCUUGCCAUGCUUUCCACUCCAGAGAAAAUGUUCACAGCCAUUGGCCAGAUACCAGAUCAUUUACAAUUAAUUUGCCUGACACCAGAAAAAAUCUUAGCCUUAACCAUUAUUCUAUGUAUAUAGAUACUGUAAAUUGCUAUCAGGGCUUGUUUUCCCCACCAAAGGGAAAGUAUUUGAAUCACUAGAGACUCCUAAUGUAAAUGGGGCUACUAGUUUCUGAAUUGUACAGCAUUGUUAACUUGAAAUUCAGGACCAGCCUUCUUAAAUAAAUGCAUCUCAAAUUUGA